AUGUCCGCCCAGUUCGACAAGGCCGUCUCCAUCGUCCGCUCCCUGCCCCCUGACGGAUCCGUCAAGCCCACCCAGGACCAGCAGCUCGAGUUCUACGGCCUCUUCAAGCAGGCCACCGAGGGUGACGUCAAGGGCGACCGCCCCGGCGCCUUCAACUUCGCCGGCAAGUACAAGUGGGACGCCUGGAAGAAGCUCGAGGGCAUGAGCCAGGACGAGGCCAAGGCCAACGAGCGAGCGGAAAGCGAGCGGCGAGUCUUCUCCCUUCCUUCCCUCUUCUCUCCUGCUGUCGCCGCAGACGCUCGCGCAACGUCGCGCCGACAGCUGCAUCAGAAGUUGGUAGCUGACAUCCAGAUGCUCGAGGCUUCCAACGACGAGGUCGCCAAGAAGUCGCUUGCCGAGCUCGAGGGUGAGUUUGGAAUAGGGCACAGAGAACUGACAUCCCCAGCCGCCGCCUAA